AUGUCAUUACUUCAGCUUCAACCCAUCAAUGGAAUAUCUCAGCUUUUAGUGAGGACUCCAUUCCCACUCAAGAAAUGUGCCAGAAAACUUUUCAUUUUCAGACCACAAGCUGUUUCCUCCAAAACCCAGAGGAUAAUGGAGGGUGUUUCAGUGAGUGGAGAAGUUGGUGGUGCUGGUGGAGCAUACUCAUAUCAAGCUUUGAAAAGAUUAGACCAGCUAUGGUCAAACAUUUGCUCACCUCAACAAGUUGUGCAAGAACCUCAGCAAGUUGUCUAUACAAUACCAAGCUUGUUUACCUCAUCUGAUCUUGCUGACAAAGCAGAAGGCUCAUAUGAUGUGAUAGUGUGUGGAGGUACUCUUGGAAUUUUCAUUGCCACGGCCUUGUGUGCUAGGGGUCUUCGAGUUGCCGUUGUCGAAAGGAAUGUGUUGAAAGGGAGAGAACAAGAGUGGAACAUAUCAAGAAAGGAGCUUUUGGAACUUGUAGAAGUUGGAGUCUUGGAAGAAGAUGACAUCGAAAGAGUCACAGCAGCAAAAUUUAAUCCUAAUAGAUGUGGAUUUGAAAGGAAAGGAGAUAUAUGGGUCAACAACAUUCUCAAUCUCGGUGUUUCACCUGCCAGGCUUAUAGAGAUUGUAAAGAAACGUUUUAUCUCCUUUGGUGGAGUCGUUUUCGAGGGUUUAAGUGUCUCCUGCAUAAAUGUUUACGACGAUGCUGCAGUUCUGAAACUUUCCGGGGACAAGAUCUUGUCAUCUCGUCUUAUAAUUGAUGCCAUGGGGAACUUUUCGCCUAUUGUAAAACAGAUAAGACGUGGGAGGAAGCCUGACGGUGUUUGUCUAGUAGUUGGAACCUGCGCGCGUGGCUUUGAUAAGAACUCCCUUAGUGAUGUGAUAUUCAGCAGUUCAACCGUGAAGAAAGUUGGAGAUUCAAAAGCACAAUAUUUUUGGGAGGCAUUUCCAGCAGGCUCGGGUCCACUUGAUCGUACUACUUAUAUGUUCACUUAUGUAGAGCCUCAACCAGGAUCCCCAAAAUUGGAAGAAUUGUUGGAAGAAUAUUGGGAUCUUAUGCCAGAAUAUCAGGGUGUUUCACUUGACAAUUUAGAGAUACUGAGAGUUAUUUACGGCAUAUUUCCAACAUAUCGCGAGAGCCCACUACCAGCGGCUUUUAGCAGAGUUUUGCAGUUUGGUGAUGCUAGUGGCAUACAAUCACCGGUAUCAUUUGGAGGUUUUGGGAGUUUAACAAGGCAUCUUGGGAGACUGUCAGCUGGAAUACAUGAAGCAAUCCGUGGUGAUUAUCUUGACUCAUACAACUUGUCUCUAUUGAACCCAUACAUGCCCAACUUGAGUGCUUCAUGGUUGUUCCAAAGAGCAAUGUCAGCGAAGCAACAGUCUGAUGAUGUUCCUGAAGAUUUUAUCAACGAACUUCUUUAUGCCAAUUUUAGUUGUAUGCAGAGGCUCGGUGAUCCAGUGCUACGGCCAUUUCUGCAGGAUGUCGUACAGUUUGGGCCACUUUCAAAGACACUAGGACUGGUCAUGUUAACGAGGCCUCAAAUACUCCCAUCCAUAUUCAAACAGGUUGGUAUUCCGGUACUACUUGAUUGGUCCAGACAUUUUCUGAUGCUCGGUUACUACACAUUUCUCGCAACCUUUGCUGAUCCUAUUGUGAGGCCAUUUCUAAGUACACUACCAUCCAAGACGAGUUUCCGGUGGAAACGACAUCUCGAGGCUUGGAAAUAUGGAUCUGGUCUUGAUUACAACCUAUAG